AUGUCUUCCCCGGACGAAGACCCGCCGGCCUCCGUGUCGGCCAUCCUGUCGUCCGCGUUGUCGGCGGCCGUGUCGGCUGCUCUGGCGGUGGCCACGGCGGUGGACUCCAAGGCGGAUCUGGCGGCGCUGUUGGACGAGUGGGAAGAAGCCCAGCAAGGCACCACAGAGCAACUGGUGUCCAUCCUCACCAAAAUAUCCGAGCUGAUUGAGCGGGAGACGGGCGAGUAUCACAAAGCAGAUCCAGAUCCGUUCGAUGACCGUCACCCAGGACGGGCAGACCCAAACUGCAUGCUGGGACAGCUCCUGAAGAUGCUCUUUAUGAAUGAUGACUUCACUAAUGCGCUGUUGGACACGUAUGUAAUGACCAGCAGAGAGCUGAACCUCAACACAGCAGCCUGCCGCCUGCUUCAGAACAUCAUGCCGGGCCUGGAGACCGCCGUCGUCUUCCAAGAGAAGGAAGGUCUGGUUGCGAAGUUGUUCACCUGGGCUCGUGAAGCAGAGCGACCGCUGUGCGUCUACGCCACGGGCCUGCUGGCCAGAGCCAUGAGCAACCAGGAGGUGGCGGCCAGCUACCGAGAGGAGAACGCUCAGCUGGUACCGAUCAUGAUUCGGCGCCUGCACGAGCUGCAAACUGAAGAGGCCAAGAAUCACGUUAGUCCCACCUCGACGCCUCAAAAUCUACCUCAGGACUCUCAGGUUGAAGCCACCCAAACCUCGAACAUCUCAACAGACCCGCAAGACAAGAAGGAGGGGGAAGAUGUGGAAGAGGAAGGAGAGAGUUCGGCGUCAACGGCCAAUUCCAGACCUCCGUCGCAGAAUGGCGACAGCAACAGCAGUGGUGGAUCCAGCUCGAACCGACUGCUUCCAGACUUUGCUUACCAAGCCAGCCCCGACCCCGCCUCCAGGGAGGAGGAGGACAGGCAGGGAGGAAGAGGAGGAGGAGGAGGGAAGAGACAGGCAGCAAAGGAGAAUGGGAGGAAGGCCAAGCAGAAACUCAACUACAUCUCCUCCUCCUCCUGCAGGACUGAGGAGGAGGAGGAGGAGGAGGAGGAGGAGGAGAGGAACGAUUCUGGCGACCAGCCGGCCAACAGCACCUCCUGGUCUGAGAUGAGCUCGAUGGUGAUCGGCUCUGACUACAGCCUGCAGCCGCUGAGCUCGGCCAUGGAGCAGAGGCUCAUCCUGCAGUACCUGACACCGCUCGGAGAUUACCAGGAGUUGCUUGCCGUCUUCAUGCAGCUGGACACCCGGUCGUUGCUGAUGAACUACAUCGACCUCAGGCAGACCAGAAAUGUCCAGCUCACCUUUGACGCCCUCCUGUAUCUCGCCUCCCUGCUCCUCCAUAAGAAGUUUGCAGCAGAGUUCAUCGCUCACGGAGGAGUGCAGAAACUUCUGCAGAUCCCGAGGCCGUCGAUGGCCGCGACUGGAGUUUCACUCUGCUUGUACUACCUGGCAUACAAUCAAGAUGCCAUGGAGAGGGUGUGUACGCUCGCAGACGGGGUGCUGUCAGACAUGGUGUCCUACGCUCUGUGGCUGUUGGAGUCGUCGCACGCUUCAGGCGUCUGCCACGCCACCAUGUUCUUCUCCAUUUCUUUCUCGUUCAGAGCGGUGCUGCAGCUCUUCGACCAACAGGACGGCCUGCGCAGGCUGGUCAACUUGAUCAGUACUUUGGGGAUCCUCAACACAGACAGUGAGGUGUCCAUAAUGAGUGACGACCAGGUGUUCUCCAGCCGACAGACAGCCAAACACACCUGCAUGGCCCUACGCAGGUUCUUUGAGGCUCACCUGGCAGUAAAGGCUGAACAGGUCAAACAGUCCCUGCACUCGUCAGACGGAGGCACCGUCGUUCCCCAGCAGCCAUUUUACAAGGCAUACACGUACACCAGAGAGCAGGUUAUUGAGAUGAUGGAGUUUCUCAUCGAGUGCGGACCUCCUCAGCUCCACUGGGAACCGGUAGAGGUCUUCUACAAGUUGUCCUGCGUCCCUUUGAUGCUGCAGCUCAUAUCUACAGCCUGUGACUGGAGGACUUACUAUGGCAGGAGCGACACUGUGCGUUACGCAUUGGACAUCCUGGCCAUCCUGAUGGUGGUUCCUAAAGUCCAGUUGGUGCUUGCGGACACUGUGGAGGUUCUGGAUGAAACCAGAUCUCCUGUUUCCACUGUGGGUAUGAGCAUCAUUCUGGGUGUCGCAGAGGGCGAAGUGUUUGUCAAUGAUGCUGAGAUCCAGAAGUCUGCACUACAAGUGAUAACAAACUGUGUGUGCGCUCCAGACCAGAGCCUGAACACUGUGGGUGCUUUUGCUGUCGCCCCCCUUAGGCCGUCCCUCCACCCCCAGCAGCCCCCCGCUCCCCACAACAGAGUGCUGGCCCACAUGUGGCAAAUGGUGCAGAACAACAAUGGUAUAAAGGUGCUUCUGUCUCUGCUGUCGGUGAAGAUGCCGAUCACAGAUGCAGAUCUGAUCCGCUCUCUGGCCUGCAAGGCUCUGGUCGGACUCUCUCGCAGCUCGGCCAUCAGACAGAUCAUCAGCAAACUGCCGCUCUUCACCAGCAGCCACAUUCAACAGCUAAUGAAAGAGCCGGUGCUGCAGGACAAACGAAGCGAGCACGUCCGCUUCUGCCGGUACGCCGCCGAGCUGACGGAGCGAGUGUCGGGGAAGCCUCUGCUCAUGGGCUCCGACGUCUCACUGGCUCGCCUGCAGAGGGCCAACGUGGUCGCCCAGUCCCGGAUCACCUUUUCUGAGAAGGAACUCCUCAUGCUGAUCAGAAACCACCUCGUGGCCAAGGGGCUCCAUGACACGGCGAACACGCUCGUUAAAGAGGCGAAUUUACCCGCCGGAACCCACUGUCCGAACUCUUCCUCCUGCGUCACCCCCCCGCCCUCCUCCUCAGUGAUUCCCAGGACUUGCCGGUUAGCUGGCGGGAUCGCGGCUCGGUUAGCCGGCCACGUUGGCUCCUCUCCCGUCUCCUCAGUGGCCGUAGCCUCCUCCACCACUCCCUCUUCAGCUCGUUCACACAGCGUUCCUCACCCUUCAUGCUCCUCUUCGUCUACCCCUGUCCUCCCCACUCCUCCUCCUCCUCCUCCUCAUCUUGGACCUCACGUGCAGGGCUCGCCUCUGGUCGGACGAAUUUUGUUCACACGGGAACGCCCGGUCGCCCAUUGCAGCUCAGGGAAAAAGCUUCGCGCACUGAAGCAGAAGUCUGACCACGGUGCUUUCAUACAGACUCCAGCCAUGAAGAAGCAGCUCGAGCGCCACCUUCCUUCCCCGCCGACCCUCGACAGCAUCAUCACCGAGUACCUGAGGGAACAACACGCCCGCUGCCCCAAUCCCGUCACCACCUGCCCCCCCUUUUCCCUUUUCACCCCUCACCGCUGCCCCGAGCCAAAGCAGAGGCGACAGGCAUCGCCCAACUUCACCGCCCGCCUGGGGAGCAGGGUGCUGUACCCGAAAUACGGAGGCGUGGAUAGAGGGUGUCUGGAUCGACAUCUCAUAUUCAGCAGGUUUCGUCCGAUGUCGGUCUUCCACGAGGGCGACGGAGACGAGAGCGGUUUCACCUGUUGUGCCUUUUCAGCCCGCGAGCGUUUCCUGAUGCUGGGAACCUGCUCGGGUCACCUCAAGUUCUACAACGUGUUCUCUGGAGAGGAGGUGGCCAACUACACCUGCCACACGUCAGCCAUCACACACCUCGAACCUGCAAGGGAUGGGAAACUGCUGCUCACCUCAGCCUCAUGGAGCGUCCCGCUGUCUGCUCUCUGGAGUAUGGACAGCGUCUUUAGCAUGAAGAACUCCUUUGUCGACGACCACUACGUCGAGUUCAGUAAACUCUCUCAGGACAGAGUCAUCGGCACCAAGGACCAAGUCGCACACAUCUACGACAUCCAGACGGGUCAGAAGACUCUGACCCUGAACGACCCCGCCCUGGCCAAUAACUACAAGAGGAACUGCGCCACCUUCAACCCCACCGAUGACCUGGUGCUGAAUGACGGGGUGCUUUGGGACGUGCGGGCGUCGCAGGCCAUUCAUAAGUUCGACAAGUUCAACAUGAACAUCAGCGGCGUUUUCCAUCCCAACGGCCUCGAGGUCAUCGUCAACACGGAGAUUUGGGACCUGAGGACCUUCCACCUCCUGCACACAGUCCCUGCCCUGGACCAGUGCAGGCUGGUCUUCAACAGCAACGCCACCAUCAUGUAUGGAGGAUGUUGUUGA